AUGAAGUAUCCGGAGAAAGAGGUCCCUGAACUUGGUGCGGCAUAUGACCGUAUCCCGGUAUGGAUCUGCCUGACCAUCAUUGCAAUCGUCUUGGUGUCUGCCAAGUUCUCUAGCUUCACCGACUUCGAAGAACGGCAUUGGACGUGGGAAUUAUCCCAACUUUCAAAUAAAGUUACCAAUAUAGCCAGUCAAGUUAAGCAGCUUGUUAUCAAAUGCCAGACACAGAUCGAGGAGAGCAAACUGAACAAGAAGUUUGAGAAAAACAUCAAAUACCCUUACGACAUUGUCCAGCUCCUCAUGACAUUGUUCAAGCCUUUCAAACCGGAAGACCCUUCACUCCUUUCUGGUUCCACAAAGGGAUCGGUCACAUUUGGAUACUUCAGGAGGAAGAACGUGUACCUGUUGAUAUCGAGCUGGAAGAUCCCCGAGACCGACUUGAAGGCGCUCUUGAACAUAUACCAUGACCAUAAAUUCCAACAGAAGCAACCGACAGAGGACGGGAAUAUUAUAAUUGAGGGCACAACUACUCCUCCACCCGAGAAAGCCCACGACAUCUUAUGGGUCCCAGCCUUGGAUUGGCCAUCGUCUCACACCGGGGACGUGGACGAACUGAGGGCGCACAUGCCAUGGAUUGUGGCGAAGAAUGCCUCGGUUGUGCACCAGUUUGCGCUCAGAUACUUCAGGGAGCAUUGGCAUUUCAGCAGAGAGCCGAUACUGGUGUUCCUGAACCAUGCGGGUUGGGUGGAGUGCCUGAAUGCAAUGCUGAUGAUCCACCUGUGGGGCAUAGGCUCGUUCCCUUUCACGGAGCAGGAGAUCCCGUGCCUCCUAGGAAGCAAGACCAAGGCUUGGAUUGAGAUGGUCAUCGUUCCCAUCAUCCCUGAACUGCCUAACUGGAUGAGACAGCAAAAUACGGUAAGCCUGCAGCCGGAGAUCAAGGAGAGGAUCGCAGAUGCAAUCGGAACCUCCUUCACCACGGUUGGCCUAGAUUCGCUGGAGUUGGUCAACCAGUUCCUGGCACGCCUCGAGAGCAGACUGUACGUGAAGAUGCAGACCUUGCCGCUCCUCCACGAUGGAUCUGUCUCCGACCCAAUGGGCGACCCGGAGGUCCAUCAGAUGUUACAGACCUUCACCGCCCAUGGGAGGGGUGGGUUCGCUAUCCUCACCUGGGGAUAUGAGGUCCUCACCGUGGCUCUAUUUACCACGGCCUGGAAGGCGCAAGGGGAGCACGGCAAGUGGCUCCAGACUGUGUCCAAGCAGACCUCGACCGUGCACUCAGACUUCGAAAAAAUCUUCAUCUAG